GUGAGCUCGCCGGGCACCGCGGCCUCGCCCUCCGCCCCUGAGCCCCGCCGCCCAGGCCGCCGCCCCCUGCCCGCGCCGCCGCCCCCGACGGGGAGGACCAUGGCGAAGGUGGAGCAGGUCCUGAGCCUCGAGCCACAGCACGAGCUCAAGUUCCGAGGUCCCUUCACUGAUGUCGUCACCACCAACCUAAAGCUUGGCAACCCAACAGACAGAAAUGUGUGUUUUAAAGUGAAGACCACAGCACCACGCAGGUACUGCGUGCGGCCCAACAGUGGGGUCAUUGAUGCCGGGGCCUCUCUCAAUGUGUCUGUGAUGUUACAGCCUUUCGAUUAUGAUCCCAAUGAGAAAAGUAAACACAAGUUUAUGGUUCAGUCUAUGUUUGCUCCACCUGACACUUCUGAUAUGGAGGCAGUAUGGAAGGAGGCAAAACCGGAAGACCUUAUGGAUUCAAAACUUAGAUGUGUGUUUGAAUUGCCAGCAGAAAACGCUAAACCACAUGAUGUAGAAAUAAAUAAAAUUAUACCUACAAGUGCAUCCAAGACAGAAGCACCAGCGGCUGCUAAGUCCCUGACGUCGUCCCUUGAUGACACAGAAGUGAAGAAAGUGAUGGAAGAAUGCAAGCGGUUGCAGGGGGAGGUGCAGAGGCUGCGGGAGGAGGGCAGGCAGCUCAAGGAAGAAGAUGGGCUUCGGGUGAGGAAGGCGCUGCAGAGCAACAGCCCCAUGGCGGCUCUGGCUGCUACCGGGAAGGAGGAAGGCCUCAGCGCCCGGCUGCUGGCUCUGGUGGUUUUGUUCUUUAUUGUUGGUGUCAUUAUAGGGAAGAUUGCCUUGUAGAGGCCGCAUGCGAAGGAUGGCAGAUUGGAUUGAUGGAUCUACCACAUCAUGGGAUUUAAAUUUAUCAUAACCAUGCGUAAAAAGAAAUUAAUGUAUGAUGACAUCUCACAGGUCUUGCCUUUAAAUACCCCUCCCCAUGCACACACAAAUGCACACACAAAUAUAGCAUAAUAUAAUGAUCUUUUAGAAAGUUAAAACUGUCUAGUAAAUGGAUGGGGGAAGAAUGGUCUGUUACUGAGGGGCACCGUGACUCACCACAGUGGCAUAUUGUAGCUGUCAUGUUAAACUCGGGUAGGCCUUGGCACAUGUUCCUAGAUCACCUCUCUUAAAGCAAGAAGCUCCUCUUCACAUGUUGGGGCUGGCCUGUGGGAGCGUGAGUCCUUCGAGGUGGAGUGUGCUGUCCCUCCACAGCCACCGCAUGCUGCCUGGCCUCACCCAGGCGGCUUCCCCAGGCCUGCUCUUCUGUCCAGGCCAUUGGCUCCUCAGGCAUGCAGAGCCACGGGAAGCCAAAACGCAUUGCAUGGUGGCCACAUCUUGUGUAGCUGUAGGUCAUGAGUGAGAGAUAAAGUCUGUGCUCUGUUCUCUUAAAGGGACCAAGCUAAAUUACUGUUGGUUCAUGUAGUGACACUGAGCUGUUACCAGAGAUGUGUAAUGCAUAUUUAACUUAUUUAAUGUAUUUCAUCUCAUGUGUUCCUACUGUCACCAGAGUACAGGCAGUGCUGCGCCUGUACGUCACCUGGCUGCAUAGUACCAGUGAGGGCUGGUGCUGCUGUGGGCGCUGUGGCUCCGUGUCUCUGGAGGUCCAAGGGGUGGGGAGAGCCUGAGUCUGCCAGGAAGUGUUUUGCUGUAGGUCAGUAACAGCUGUCCUGGGGAGGGACACUCUUCGUAGAGACAGUCAGCUCUGGGUUACCCGGGCUUCUGGAUUGCUCUUCCCUCACUCUCCGCUGCUACUCAUUCAUCUAGAACACAGGCCAGGUCUGACCUGCCCUUCUCAGGACGAGUGAGUCAGGCUGCAAGAGGGUGACGGGUACAGAGGUGGGAGGGAGAGUGCCUCAGCAAACCCAUCUGCUCGUAAUGAAGAGUCUUGACUGUGAAUUAAUUUCAUGCUGUAAAAGACCAAUCCAGUUCUGCUCAACUAUGUAGCAUCCUAAAAGAAGAAAUUAAAAUAAAGCCCCAAAUUAAGAGUUCUUUUGUCAUUUUGUCACAUUUGCUGUGUGGGAUUAUUAUUAUUAAUCAUCGUUAGUGUGCUAUGGAAGGUUGACUUUAAAAUGAGCUCUAUCAGUGGGAAACACAUGUUUAAUGAUUUGACUGUACACACAUCUGUGUGGACACACACACAUAGAUUACUAUUAUUUUGAUUAUUAUAGUUUUGGUUGGCUUCAGCUAACAGUAUAGAAAAUAAAACUGCUGCCAUCUCAGGCCCGCUGUUCUUUCUCUCCCGUGACCUUGGCCCUUCAGUGACAGACCUAUGUCUGACAGGACAAGCCCAUCUAAAGGAAGACUGGCUUGGAUACUCGAGCCACACUGCUGCUGUGCCUGACUGGCCAGCUGGAGCUUCGGGACGGUGAGAUGGGAGUCUAGGUAGUCUGAGUAUGUAGCUUCCUCUCUGAGUGACCCCAGGUGUUCUCAGGAAACGCUGAGAAAGCCCUGGUCUUCUGUACACCAUAGUCUCCGGGAUCCUUUCCAUGUACCUGAGAAAGGGAAGGUCAAGACUGAGCUGAGUAGUCUGACCUGCCGCCUGGCUUUCCAUGGUGAACUGAGGUUUCACAGUCGAAGGUGCUGCCGGGAAUCCUUCUGCAGCUUUUGGCCCUUCCAGGCUUUGAGAGCAGAGUAACUCAGGGCCUCCAACAGGAACUGUGGGGGUCGUCAUCGAGCUCCCUGACACCAGCGCUAAGGUCUGCAAGCAUUCUUAAGGGAUGGCCAUGUGUGCUAGAAAAAUUCUUCAGAGGCACAGCCAGAUGUCGAGAUUACAGCAUGUCCGGGAGCUGCCGUGGUGAGAGCCGUGGAAGGCGAUUGUUUGUGUGCUGUGAGAAUGCGCUUAGCUGGCCCGAGGUUGCCGACGCUUUUGCUGCAGCGGUAACAACAAGUCCUGAGAUACACAGAUGGCUGUCCUUUGUACAGCCCUGGAAGUCCUUCCUUGAGGAGGACUGUCUGGGCAUGGUGUGGUAGUUGGUGAGGCUUCUUGACUGAGAGGAAGAUGGAAACUGUAGGGAGGUUAGUAAGGCAGAGUAGGUAAUUCUCCAAGUCACCCCCAUCAGUAAAAAAUGCGCUGGAAUAGAGAGAGAGAGAGAGAGGUGUUUGACAGAAGAGUGCUUAUAUUUGGGACCCUGAAGAGAGAGGUGCACAUUUGGGGUAUCUUUUUUUUUUUUUUAAUUUUCAGAGAGGAAAAAAAAAAACUGAGUAAGGCAAAAAGGAGGUGAGUGUGUCUCUUUGUCCUAAGAGUCUGUGGUCUCCAGAGAGGGCAGAGUCAGAUGUUCUGGAAGGUGUAAAACUGAGACCCUGUAGGAUGGCAGCCGUGAAGCAGCCCGGGCAAGUCCUCCGUAGUUACUGGGCCCACUGCCCCUCCUGGUUGGGUGUCCUGGCUUUGGAAGCAACAGCCACAGUGCUCACAGAUGGACGCAGUAGCUGAGCCCCAUCAAUUGCUAUUGAUUGAAUUUCUAAGUUGAUAAUUUAAGCUUGGAAUGAUACAGAGCACCUCUUAAAGACAGCAGGCACUAUUAUCUGUCGGUGUGAGGCCCUGGCUUUAAUUUUUUUCUCCUCCUAGUUUGCAUGUUUUCCGUCUCUGGUCUUUUAAACUGCUGGCACCAGCAGUAAUAAAUACUGAUAAAAUCAAAAUUGAUUUUUACCAGUGGACAGUUUAUGCCUAGAGAGACGGCUUAUACCUACAUAACACAGAAAGGGGGAUGAAGGGCCUCCAGUGAGCCGUGAAAACCUAACUGCUCUCAAACAAAUCUGAGGAGCAGCACUGCCGUGUGAAGAUAGCCGUGUCCCAGCCUGCAGGCUGUGUUGAGUCAGACGGAGCCGCAUGCAGUGAGAACUCACAGCUAAAGAGCCCUUCGGAUUCAUUUGAAAACAAGCCCUGUAUGUGCACGUGUGUGCUUGUGUGUCACAUAUGCGCCGUGUGUAGUAGUAGCUUGACAGUUCCCAAAUGGUGCCUGUAUUUAUUUCUAUUUUUAUUUUUUUUUUUUGCACACAAAUCUUCGUGUUUUCAAACUCGGAGUCCAUGCCAAAAUGUGGCAUCACUUGUCCUUUUCAGUUCCUCCAAAUCACUGGCCCAAGUGCAGAUUUCUGGUUAUGGUUUGCAAAGUCCUUGUGGUAAGGGAGAGACAGGGGCACCGAGAGUCAGUUCUGUGACUUAGGUCAUUCUGUAUGCUCCCCAGACCUUCUCCAGUGUGGAUGACAGUGUUCCCUUUGCUCGCAGGGAUGGCCAUGGCUCCUUUGGAGUCUGUCUACUAUGAUGGAGGGACUGAGUAAAACUUUGUGAAUAACCGGAAGGUACCAGACUCAUCCUAAUUACACCUGGCCAUGUUUGCUGUUACUGAGAAAGAACGCUUUUCAAAGCCAAGCAGAAAUGCAAUUGUGUUUAAAAGUCCCCUGCAGAGCGUAGAUGGAUGGGUGCGUUUGCGGCCCUGCCGUCUCUCUGGGAACAACGCAAAGGGCAGCUCUGAGGUCGUGGCCCACCGGCUCCCUCAGGGUUCCCUGGCCUGAUUGGAUGUGGAGAAGGCCUUUUCCCUCCCAGACAGAGCUACUGUGUGUGAUAGGAGCCUUUGUCAACGCCAUCCAGGCUGCAGCGGAGCACCUCCACACAACCUCACGCUAGGCUCUGCCCUGUACACAGGGCUGCAAGAGCUCCUGUGCGUUGAGCUGGACAGCCUUUUCAUUUUGAGCUGAAUGAACCCCAGCCUGCAUGUGCACGCAAGACACUGCUUGCUCGAGAUCUGGGGAUCGGUGGAGGGAAGGAGCGAGGUGGAGGAAGAUAUCUGCUGUCAGGCACCUCAGCUGCCGUGACCUAGCUGGUAUUUCCAGGCUGAGUAGGGCGAGCCAGGGCUCUGGCGUGGCCUGAACACAUCCCAUGUGAUGAAUACAUGUAUGUGCCUGGGGAAUGAACGGGGAGCUUUAGAAAGAAAAUUACCACUGUGUCUCAGUGAGGUAAGGUUGCUUUACCUGGAGGCGCCUUAUAACUUGUAAAUUAAAUGUGAAUGAGAGAAGUUCAUUAAAAUUGGCAUUAUAGAAGUGGCCUAUUGAGGUUUGAAAGCAGCUGAGCUUGUAUCGGGGCUCUCUCUGAACCUAUGGAGAAAUACAUAAGCAAGUGACAGUCGACUGUCACAGGAACACCGGGUGCAGGUAGCUGUAAAUGCAUUCCUGCCCGGCUCCCAGCCCUCCGACGGUCACCGCAUGCUCAGCAUCUGAGGAUUUACUAUUUGGGGUACAUGAGGGAGCCAGACCCCUAAGGAAGCGGAUGACAGCCAUUUCCACAGCUGUGCCUGUAGUCUUCACGCCCGUUCAUUUAUUCCCUUUACAGUUAUAUGAAAACUUCAAAGGCACAGCACACCACAAACACCUCUGUGUUAGAGUUAAGAGAGAUCUGGGGAAGGUGGAGGAAAGGGGGUUUUGACGAAUGUAAUAAUUACCUUAGAUUUUUUUCCUUAAUGGGAUUAAUUUAUUAGAAUAUGUGUGCACCCGCUCUUGAGAAGAGGAAGGAAAACUAGCAACAAAAACACAGCCAUUAUCCAACUUGCCACAGAUAUUUGCAGUUAUGAUACCUUGGAAUGUUGCCACAGUGUGGAUUACACUGAUGAAAAGAUGUCACUGGGAAGAAGCACAGCUGUGGGGUACAAGUGCUGCUGCCGUAUAAAUGCUGAUGUUUAUUUUGAACCAGGAAGCAUUGAUCCCGUAACAAUGCCCUAUUACAGUUGCUGUAUUGCAGCGAGGGCCUGAUGCGGGUUUAAUCAUCUCGCUAAUGGAUGUGGGUGUAGGAUGGAUGCUCUGCCCUGCAUUCCCGCCUGCAUCCUGAUGAGCCUCGGGAGCUGGCAGGGCCAUUGCACGGUGGAGCUGCAGCCACAGUCCCGUUUCUCUGAUGCUCACAAGCCACGUCUGGCCGAAAUAAAGCAGAUUACACGUUACUUUCUGUCUCCCUUCAGAAAACACCAACUAUGGGAGACAAAGCAGCUCUUUUUAACACAAUCUCAUUAAGCCUCCUUGCUAACAAGAAUGCAGAGCUUACAUGCCUUACGAAGAUGAUGAAUUAGCACACACGUUCCACACAUCGACUCACCAGUUCCCCUUUAACACAAUAAGGCCUCCAUCUUUUUUAUGGACGGGCCGCCUGUGUUCCUAUCUCUCUGCUUUUUAGAGGUAAACUAAAUUCAGCUGCUAGCCCUUCAGUGCAGCAUUUAUAUAAAAAAAAAAAAAGAAAGAAAGAAAAAAGAAAAAAAAGAAAAGCCUUUUCUCAUUUGAGUCUUUUACAUGGCUCCAAAGGUCAGAUUUUUUUUUUUUUGUCUGUGAUGUGUAGAAAAGUGUCUUCUGUCCAGGAUCCAUGUAGCAGUUGUUUCUAAAACGCAUUCUCUAUUUUCCACACCGGAUGAGGUGCUGUGAAGGUAAUCUGCAGCAGUCAUCUGGUGUGUGCCGUCACUGGUAAGCGGCCUGAGUGUGGUUAUCUGCGCACUUACGUAGAAAAAUGCAAAAUGCAAUGGGCCUCGUUUUUGUGGCUGGCGUUUCUUUUGUUGUUGUUCUGUUUUAUUUUUUAAAUAAAAUAUAUGAACUGCUGGCAUUUGGAACUUCCUAUAACAAACACGAGACAGUGUUCCCAUCACCGCCCCUCCCCAUCUGAAAAACAGUCUCAACAAUGCAUGCCGUUCCCAUCCGGCCUCCCAUCCUUUCUCAUCUCAAAGAUCUCUGCAGCCUGUGAUUGUGUGUGUUCAUUCCGACCUCAGUGUACGUCAACAUUUUAGGGACUGAGUAUUUCACGAGAUGUUUUAGAAUGCUGCUGUUUUCAUCAUCUCUCCUUUAUGCAUUUAAGCUGUAUUUCCUGUUCUGAUGUGGAACUCAUUUACAGAAUCGGAGCAGGAAAGGACUUCAUCGUCAUGCACUUUGGUUAUCUGAUGUGUGAUAAAUCCAUGGUUUUAUGGCUGACUUUACGUUUCCCAGAGGGAAGGAAACGUAUUUCUGCGGUGUCCAGACUGAAAGAGCCAUUCACGGCGAGUCCUCACGUGUUCCGUGUCGGUCUGAUGAAACCUGCCCUGCCGGGGUAUAAACUUUCAUAUGAGCUGUCUCCAUAUAAUGUUCAAUAAAUUCUGUGCUCUGAAUAUA